UUUGAUAGUGCAAACACGAGCAGCGCGCUGCGGCGCCGGCCGGCGUGUGCGUUCCUAUGGCGAGGACGGAGCCACGCAGCAUUACGGUCCCGCCGCGCCGAGAUCCGGUCGCGUCAUUCACAGUAACCUCAUCUCGUGGCUCGUAACAACAACAUACUUUGCCUUUUCUAUCUUAUAGAAAGCGGUUUACGCUACAAUUAAACAUGUGAACGACUUACAUUGACACUUUAAAACUUAUUUAACCCGUAUCGGCUAAAUCGAGGCGGCCGAGUGAAAUAUAAAAGUGUUUACAAUAGUUACAGUGUUAUAGUCGUUUAAGUCUGUGGAAUUUGUGAUUCUAUAAAUAGAUGUCUACGUUACCGUACAGCUGUGCGUUAUUACGAUUGUGGCAUUUGAAUCCAUGUAUGCAAACUGAAUAAGUUACGAUGUAAACAAAGGAGAGGAUUGAUAAGUUUGGCGACAACUUCUUUCUAGGAGAGCCUUCAGUGUUAUUCCAACAUGACCGACUUCUUGGGUUGGUGUUUGGUCGCCUCCCUUCUAGUUAUAUCAGAUGCUCAACAAAUAAGUGGUCCUAUUAUUAUGUCACCUAACGAAAUAUUACUACAAAAUAAACAAAACUAUACCAUUCACUGCAAAGGGAAAAGGCCAAUAAAUUUUACAAUACAAGAAGCGGCAGAGGACGAAGACACGGAUUUUAAAAAAAUACUGCGAAAGGUGGCUCCGUCCGAUAACGAGUACGAAUACGAAAUAGCGUUAGAUCUGUACAGCGUGGAUCCCUUCGCGGUCGGUUACUACGCCUGCCACGACGACCAAGUCGACCCGUCGCUCAUAUUUAACGAUCUGGUCGAGGAACCGACCAACACUCAACACAUCUCAUAUACGUACGUCUACGUGAAUGAUUCACAAAAUGUAAUAGCGCCAAUGAGAGAAAUCGUUUAUGUGGUGAAACCUGGUGCCAAAACGGUUAUUGAAUGUAGACCCACGUUUCCUGACGUACAAGUUAAUUUGACUAUGAAGAAUGAGACACGGCAGGUGAAAUCGAAUCAAAGCAAGAUAGUACGAAUAAACAAGAUUGGGUUUUUAGUCAAAGUACGUAAGACUGAGACUUACAGUUACACGUGCGAGGGGCGUCGCGGCAUCCACACCUCGCGGAAAAGUGCCUACAUUCAUUUACGUCUACCUACUGUUUCAAAUGAUGCGGUGAAACCUCAAAUAGUAACGCGUGACAAUAGAUUCCUUGCCGGCGAGACAAUAUUUAUGAAUUGCACCAUCAACUACACUGUCAACAACGCGAUCUCACUGAGAUGGAUUACUCCACGGCCCUUGUCUGAGGAUGAUGUGAAGUCCAACGAAUAUGAAAUUCAUACAGACAUCCUAUACAGAGCUAUUUGGAUUAAAAAUGCAACUGAAAUGGAUGCUGGAGAAUAUGUCUGCGAAGCGAGAAAAGGAAUCAGUGACAUAUCGACAAAUACGCAGAAGAUGACAUACCUUAAGACGCCAUAUUUGAAACUCAAACGACAUGGGCAAGAAAAGGUGACCACAUCGAAUCCACAGUUCAAGACUGCUUUUGAAAUCGAUGGGUACCCUGUACCAGAUUACAAAUUUAUUAAAAAUAACAACACGAGAAUUAAUAAUGGCACAAAGUACAAAAUAGAACAAAAUAAAACAGUAAAAACGAUAUACGUGUUAAUUGUCAACGAUUUGGACAUUACCGACACUGGAGACUACACGGUUGAAGCAAGUAAUGCUAACGGUACACAAAGAUUGACCAAGCAUUUAAAUGUGAUGGAUGUACCACGAGUCACUUUCCAUCUAAGUGAAGGGAGAAAAUUAAAAGGACAGCAAAUAAAGUUGGUGUGCGAAGUGACCGGCUAUCCAUUACCAAACGUCGAGUGGUCUUUUAUAGACAGUCUAUCAAACAAAGAACUUGACACCCCUUUAAAAGGUACCAUAAAAGAAGAAUCUGAAUAUAAAAUAGUUUCAACACUUGAUUUACCAGUUCAGUCUCCGGGCACGAUAAUUUGCAGAGCCUCGAAUACCCAAGGGGAUGACCAGAAAACUAAAACACUCCUUGUUGAUGAGAUAGAAAGUGGUUUUGGUAUUGAAAAUGAGGGAAAGGAAGUGAAGGAAGUCUCUGAAGGGGAUAGUAUAAUUUUAAGGUGUCUUGCCUCUAGGUAUGACUUCACGUCUGUCCAAUGGCAGGGUCCGAACGACGAAGAGAUACCAGGAGCCGUCUUCGAACAUUCAACAAACGCAAUGUCUAUUAUUGCAAAAAUGGAAAUAAAUGACGCAUUAAUAAGUCACACUGGCAAUUACUCAUGCGUCGGAUACAACAAUGUAACUAGCGUAGAACGAACAGAAACCAUAGCCGUUGUAGUUGCAGGUCUUCGCGCAGCAUCAAUAAAGGUGCCUGCUGAGGAUACAGUGAAAGAGGUGAUACCAUUUAGUGAUGUAGCACUCACAUGUAUAGCAGAGGCUAUUCCUCCGCCUGUUAUAACAUGGUACAAGGACGACAUUGAGAUGAGAAGCAAUAAUGUUAUCACACGUUCAUUGAACUACAGCACAGUAAAUUCAACCUAUACAUUCAAGCAAAAUGGUACUGAUGAUUCCAUCUACGAAUGUGUGGCUACGAGUGGUACAUCUAGGGUUUCAAGAAUGUACCAGGUUACUGUAACAAUGCUCAAGUCACGGUUCAAAUGGGAAUACCUCAGCAUCCUAGCAGCCAUAAUGUUGGCGCUGGUCCUACUGGUGCUGUACUUAUGCUGGAAGAUAAAGAAAGAGAAGAGAUUCAGAAAAGAGUUGGCAGCCGCUGGCCUGCUGUACUUCAAGGAAGGGGCGCCCAAGUCGCUGAACCCGGAGCUAGGCAUCGAUGAACAGGCUGAGUUACUGCCUUACGACGACAAAUUUGAGUUCCCAGUGGAAAAAUUGAUUUUGGGGCCCCAAUUAGGCGCUGGUGCGUUCGGGGUGGUAUACAAGGCGGAAGCGCGCGGUAUUAUCAACGCGGAAGAUAGUACCACCGUCGCGGUGAAAAUGGUCAAGAAAACUGCCGACAACAUUUACAUCAAAGCGCUCGCUUCUGAGCUCAAAAUUAUGGUGCACUUGGGGAAGCAUAUCAACAUUGUCAAUUUGUUGGGCGCGUGCACCAAAAAUGUUGGAAAACGCGAGCUGAUCGUGAUCGUGGAGUUCUGCAAGUUCGGCAACAUUCACAACUACAUGCAGCGGCACCGCGACGUGUUCAUCGACCAGCUCACCGACAACAAGGAGAAGGCCCAGGGCAACGUCAAUCGCGGCUUCUCCUGCAGCGGGGGCGACAGCGGUAUGACUUCGGACUGUUUGAAUACGAAUCAAACCCAACAAACGGACCACACAUUCCUCAACACUGCUGCCAGUAAUCGCUCAGGAAGACUAGACAAGCCCAAACCACAGUCGGAAUUUCAAAAAGUAUCGGAAUCGGGCUACGUGCAGCCGGAGUGGCGGUCAAACUACGAGAGCGAUUACGUGUACGAGGGUCGCAAGCCGCGGCCGCUUACUUCGCGCGACCUCCUGGCCUGGGCCUUCCAGAUCGCGAGGGGCAUGGAGUACCUUGCUAACAUGAAAAUUCUCCAUGGAGACUUAGCUGCCAGAAACAUAUUACUAGCUGAAGAUAAUGUCGUCAAGAUUUGCGAUUUCGGGUUAGCUAGAAGCAUUUACAAGAAUGACGAAUACCAGAAGAAAGAAAACAGCCCCUUGCCAGUGAAGUGGCUAGCCAUCGAGUGCAUGACGGACCGCAUAUUUUCGACGCAGUCGGACGUGUGGUCGUUCGGCAUCGUGCUGUGGGAGCUGUUUUCUCUCGCCAAGACUCCGUACCCUGAGAUCAGCCCACAGGAUCUGCUGCAGCGGCUACAGGAAGGCCAUCGCCUCAGUAAGCCGCCGUAUGCAGAUGAUCGUCUGUACCGUGUGAUGAGGUCGUGUUGGGAACAACGGCCCACCAAAAGACCUACCUUCACUGCACUGCAGGAGACCAUAGGGUCAUUUUUAGAGGAUAACGUGCGUAAUCACUACGUAGAGCUGAACCAGGCGUGUGCCGAAACGAACGCGGACCGCGUCGGAGAAAACUAUUUGGUGCAAGUGUGCGCGCCCGACUACAACAACCAGGUGACGCCCAGCCCCCACCACUACGCCAACGACGCCAGUGGAUUCUUCUUUGGCGUUACUCCGUCACCGACCCCGGUGCAGUUACAACAUGACGACGAGGGUUACCUAGCGAUGACACCGGCGUCUAACCAGAACAUAUUUAGUCCGCGGAUCGUCUCUACGUUCGACUUCGACGCGCGGAAGCUCAACGGGCGCUCCUCUGCCGCCAGCCAGGGCUCGGAGCUCACCCCCAUGCUGUCCCUCGGCCGCCUCAGCGCGCGCAGCGGCUCCGACUCCGACCCCGAGGGCGCCACGUCCCCCUACCUCAAUAUGAUCCCCCGCAUCGAGGAGGAAACCGAUGAGGUAUUUGAAUCAGAAACUAAAAAGAAUAAUCUCAAAAACUCACAGAACAACGCUGUGACUAAUCCGACGUACAUCACUUUCCCAUCGCUAGAAAAGAAACCAAUAGCUUCUAGCAAUUACGUCAAUGUUAAUGGAAAUGGCCUAGUCAAGUGAAGUUGAACUCUUGUAAGGAAGAUAGUAGAUUUUUUCUUAAUGAGUACAUUCCGAUUACGAGGAUUUCAGUGCAGCAUUACUAGUGACAGCAUUGCUGCAGGGAAUUUUAUAUAUCGAAAGAUGCAAUGCUAUCGAAAUUGUAACCUUAUAAGAGGAUAAGGGAGAACCGCUUCACGGUCGUCCAGUUUCCUCUUGAUGCAAUUCCCAAGUGAUGACUUGUGUAAAUAAUCCAAAUCCCACCGGCUCGGAGUAACACUUUGUCCAGUCAGCAGCGAGUAUCGCUAUUUGGAGCUGACUGUACUUGCUAUUAGCGCCCGAAUAAAAAUUAAAGUAGAUAUAACCUAAGAUGCGAUAAGUAAAUUCUGCUAAUUUGUUAUUUGAUUUGCAUUGAACCAAAAAUAUUAUGUUUGUAUGACAUUAAGAUAUUACAAAUGGUUGCCAAGCUAAAUGAGCUAACAAGUAGUCGAAUAGUGAAACAUUUUUCUAAAAAAUCUCUGCCUCAAGCUUAGAAAAAAGUCAUUUUAAUCUUAAUUUUGACACAUUCUUUGUCGUGGAAUCGAAGAAAAUAAAACAAUGAAACAUUUUUCUUAAUAAAAGAAAAAGAACUGAAAAAAAAAUCAUUUAAACCUGUUUUAUUAAGUUUGAUGCCAUAAGCCUUUCUAAGCAUUAAAUGUCUAAUAAGCUUUUAAAGCAUUGCAAAUAUUUCAAUAUACAUACACUUUCAACCUCCUUUCCCCCACUUAGUUUAGCUGUAAUCCUUGUGCAAUUUUUUUAAGUACCUAUAUAUUCCAACAUAUAGUACAACAGAUGAGGAUAGAAACUCAUAAAACGGGUCUACCACUAAUUUAUUUUUCACUUACUUAUAAUUGAAAACGUCAUGCUAUUGUUUUCUAUUCGUACAGAUUAGUGAUCAGAAUUUUUGUCUCAUCGGCCGUUGUCAUAUAUUAUACGACCAUGUGUAUAAGAUUUAUGAUUGCCUUAAUAAGUUCUAUCGGUAAUAUAAUAAUAUUGCAUGUAACUUUCCUUCUCUUUUUUUUCUUGAAAGUUAUAUUCUUGAAUUAAUUUUUCCUUUUUUUUAAAUCUUGUUUUCAGUGCCUUGACCUCUUUGUCUGCCUAUUAUUUUUUAAAGUAUGUCUUUCAACUUUUGCUAAUCGUAUGUUUUAGGCUUAUCUUACUUACCUAUUUAUUUUUGUUUAUGAACCAAAGUUAAAUUUAAUUGUGAAGGAACUGUAUUAUAUACACACCUUAAAAUAAUACACACCUUAAAAUAAAGUACAUAUUUUUGUAUAAUAUAACAAAUGAAUUUGAACUAUUAGGAUAAUUUGAAUGUAUUAUUAGUACGAGAGUAUCAGUUUGAUUUGAAAUUCAUGGAACAAAUUGACAUGCUUAGGUUGUUUCUAAGCAUGAAAAUUAAUAAUUAAUUUGAAUAAUAUAUUACAAGAACGUAAACGUCGCCGUGGUCAUCACAUUUGGUAUCCAGAACCCCUAGUGUAAAUUUAUUCGAUUUCGUGACGUGACGUACGCGUUUGCGUUAAGCCUCAUUUAGUAUGGGAUUUAGUAACAGCGCGCCAAGCGGAACGUUUUGGAAACUCAAAACCCCAUACAAAAUGAGACUUAACGCAAAUGCGUACGUCACGUUACGCCAUCAAAUAAAUUUACACUAGGGGUACAAUUCUCUGGCUCACUUUUAUUUAAUUUUGGUUUCCCUACAUAUAAGUAGAGGCGUGGAUAUGGUCAGAAGGCCAGGUUGACUGAGCUUCUAUAUCCCGCUCUAAGGUUAUAUUAUUAAAUUUGAUCUCUUCUGAAUAGCCAUCGCCAACUAGCCUCUGUUAAUCCAUGUGUGAUUCCGGUAUUUAUUUAGUAACAAGUGAGUUAACAGCUAAAUGAUUUCACUGAUUAUGAUUCAUUGAUUCAAACAAAAAUCCGCUCAAACUUUAAGCGUAGUAGUUAUUAAAUGUACAACAUUAUAUGUUACAUUUACGUUACAGAUUUUUAUACUUUAUUAUAAUUAAGUUGUUACUGAUAUUGUUAGUUUAUAAGCACUUUUGUUAUUUUUAAGGACUUCGUCUAGUCGUUAGGUACAAUAAAUGGUAGUCAUAUUAACCAAAUCCAUCAUGCUUACUGAAACUAAAGGUUUAUUGGGGCCUUCAUCUUAAGCAUCCUUCAAGCAACACCGGCUUCCGACACGUCGGAAGGGAGGAGCCUAAUAUCUUAAUAAUUAAGUAAUUACUUAAUAUCUUACCUACAUCUACAUCUAGGCACAGUUGUGCCAAUGCUUUCGCAGAGGGGAAAUAGUAUGAAUGCCGAAUUCCCUGUGUUGCUCGAAGUAUGCGUCAUAUUGGAUAUUAAUAAAUGUAUUGUUCAACUGACAACUUUGUGACGACUAGGGAUCGGACGAAAGAGUGCAUAUGACAUAAGGAACAGGACUAAUGGAGUAUACAUAAGUGUAAAAUAUUUUAUGCAGUCGAUAAAUUUGUCGAUGUCUUCGUAGAUAAAAUUUCUACAUUAUUAUUUUAUAGUUAUCAAAUGUGGGUACAAAGUUAUUUUUACCGAACAUACAGCGAACGAUAUUAAUUGAAAUGUACACGCACAACAAUUAUUUUUUAAUUUUCGCUAGUCGUUGUUUCAGGAUAACCCAGGAGUUAUAUAAAAUACAAUGAACUAGGUAUUUUUUAAAUUAUUAAAAAAUGCUGUUAACUUUAAAUUUAUUCCUUGAUUAUUCCGAGUUGCACUAUUUUGACAAAAUGCUUUGUAAUAUUUCUGUCUAUAAAUCUGGCCAAAGCAAAGAACAUUCAGCAUGAGCCAAAUAAGGACAGGUUUAAAACCGCCUUGAAACUGCACCUACUGCAAACACUUAAGUGACAAUUAAAUAAAUAAAUAAAUAUUAUAGGACUAAGUUCCACAGUACAAUUGUGUCACUUGAGUAUAUAGAUUAAAUAAUAAAUAUACGUAGUUAAAAAUAUAAUAAUUAUGAUUGUGUAUGUAGAGACUCUUACCUACAGGCAAAUUGUAAAUACAGUUUUGCAGGGAUCUGUUUAAAGUUAAGCUUUAAUAAAUAAAUUAAAUAAUUAUGAUAAAAACUGUCUUUCAAGAUAGGGAGUGUAUAGUAUAUCUUAUGAAAUGGGUUAGUAAGGACAUCAAUUGUAUAAAAAUGCGAUCUCAGAAUUACUUACAAAUAAUUGGAUGGAAGUAUUGGAUGCAAUAAAAUGUAUCUACUUUAGUAGUAAUAAACUUUAUGUCGGUACAUCCAUUCAUAACGAUAAAAUAAUUACGUAGAUAUUAUAUGACGACAUCGACAUGUUUAUCGACUGUAUAAAAAACUGUAACACUAAUUUCCACUCCAUUAGUCCUGUUCGUUAUGUCAUUUGCACUCGUUCGUCCGAUUCCUUGUGAUGACGGUAUCGUGUGCGAUGUGGGUUAGCUUUAAUUGAACGUUAAUUCAGCUACAAUGUAAUUUAUUUCUCUAUGUAACGAAAAUAAGUCAUACAUUGCGUAUACCCAUGUUUUCGUCACUGAAUGGAAUCACUUAAAUUGUGGGUGAAAAACUCCUUAACCACCUGUAAGGUAUAUUGAUACUAUUUAAUUUGAAAUACAACCUGUACUAAUAGGCGUCAUAUUGUCAAUGACUUUAUGUGUUUUGCGUAAUUAAAUUGGUGUAUAAAUGAAUAA